AUGAGAUAUCAGGAAUUUACGAAAGCUCUGAAUGCAUUGGACGUACGGGGUAGAUGGUUCAAAGCAAUAGCAAAGACCAAGAAGAUCUCCGACACGACCCAGACGAACGCACGGAACUUGACAUUGUCCAUCGUGAUACCUCCAGGGAAAAACGAUGGAUCGACUGACCUGACAGUUUCCAGCCGCAAAGGUCAUCCAAGCCGUACAUGCCCACCAAGCAACGACGAAUCCAAAGAACCUGGCGUAUUUGGGACCCGCACUUUCAGCUGCCCAGAUAUAGAUCGAUCCACUGAGUGGGAGAGCCGAGCAAAUUUCCGCAAGCACAGCGGCCGUAGUUGGACCACAUCGCCAAUGGACCGCCGGCAAAGAGACCGAGGAAGAAAAUGGAGCUUGAAAAGA